UGGAGUCGCGCAAGUCGAUCGCGUGCCGUCGCGGCACUCUUUGUUUAAUCCGCGCACAAAAGCGUAUGUACCCACGUCGUGCAGUGCGAUCUGCGUUUUUUACCGUGUUUGUGAUCGCAACAGCGUGGUAAACGCUCUCGAGAGGUGUUCUUCGAGUGUGCUUAGGUUAUUAAGAGUACUUGAUUGGUGAUUGAAGUUGGGUAUGGAGUUUAAUUUAAACAAUUGUUAAGUGUUUGGCGUUUUUGUGUUUUAUUAUCAAAAAGCUUUCAGACUGACUCUAUGAAUGGACACCACCGAAAACAGCCCAUAGAACAAAAAACAAUAGACAGAACGUAUUUUGAUCGAUGACGGUCGCAUCAGCGUCGUCUGGGUACAGACGUGGUGCACCACGACAGCCAGCCGCAUGUAAUCGAGUUGGCCGGCGCCCAGCCCCGUCGCCGACGCCAAGCGUCGACACCAGCAGGCCAUGACAACGCGCGAGGUCGUCUUGGAAGGCGGGUCGCCGUGGGGUUUUCGCAUGCACGGCGGCAUCGACACGUCGACGCAGUUGAAAAUUUCGAGGGUUAAUCCAGGCAGCAAAGCAGCUUUAAGAGGGAUUAGAGAAGGAGAUUUUAUUACUAGCAUUAACGGAAAAUCCACGAAGAACAUUUCGAAUGUUGAGGCGCAUAAUUUGCUGAAAAAUGCAGGGGAAAAUCUGGUACUAGGAUUAAACGAGGACUGUGAAGGUUCGCCAAAAAGACGCCAGUACAGGACCGUACACCAGGAAACUCACGAAGAAACAGUCAAAAAAUCCAGUGUUACAACUUUUUCUAUAAAAACUUCCCAGCACGUUGAAUCUAAAGAACCGUCAGACAACGAAGAAAAUUUGAUAAAAGGCAUCGAAAAAAACAAUCAAAUAAAUGGUAAGCAACCUGAUAAACCUAAACUUUCAUCGAAUGGAAUUUCUACAGAAUCUACUAUAUCUACAUUAACAGAACAAGCUACUGUAAGAAGCAAUUCCACAGACUUUGCAAUAGCUUCGCAAAGAUCCUCCUACUCAAAUUUAACACCAAGUCCAUCUUCAGCAUCCACUUUAACCGAGGACGGGGAUUCAACCAUCGAACAAAUGGCGGAUAGUGGCAGUUCGAAGUCUAGAAGGCGCAGAAACAGGCGGAAAAACAACAAAAACAAGUGCAAUGCAGAUGAUGUCAUAGAGACGAACACUAUCACCCAAAUAAAGGAAGAAGAGUUGUGCAAAACGGACUACAGAGUGGACUCACCUGACCCCAAGGUGAUCAAAACCAAGGACAUUGUCAGGAAAACUUCGAUUACUAAGAGUCGUAGCUUGGACAACGAUGAAAUGCUCAAUAUACAAGAAUUAUCAGACUCAAGUGAAACAGAGCAUAGAAUCGAUAAUAACGCCAUUAUUUCUGAAGCUAGCGAGUCUGAAGUGGAAUGGGAAGAAACCGAUAACUUACGUAUACCAAACAAAGAUACGGAUAAUUGUAUACUAAGCAAUAUUUCGUUACCUUUGGAGGAUUACCGCUUGGAGGAGGUUAAUUUAAUAUCACCGGAGGAGGAGUUAACCUUGCGUAACUUUUUGGAGUGUUUGAAUUUGGUUAAUUCACCUGACGAUGAUUUAUUAAAACAUACCCCUGAAAUCAGUACAGCUGAUAGUAUCAAAGAGAAAAAAGCUAAAAAGCGUAUGUUGUUGGAGCAAUAUUUCCUACCUAGGAUGAACAACCCCAGGUUUUUGGAUGUUAUAAGUGAGGAAACCAGUGAUACGAGUGAUAAAGAAGUGACUUUGCUUAAACGAAACCUAAAACGCGGUACGCCAGAGUUGGAUAAACCUAAAUCGCCGAGAAAACACCGCCGACCUCUGAGACAAAAUGCAGGGAAACCUGUAUUAGUCGGGACUAAAAUUUUAGAAACUACAGGGGUGCAAAGCGUUGUUCUUCCUGAGACAUCAUCGAAUGUUGAAGUUGUGUUUUUAAGCUCCAGUGAAUCUCCCGAUACCCUAUCGGAUUACGACAACCUAGAUGAAGAGGACGAGCUCGCAUCAUCCUGUGAAACCUUAACGGAGCAAAAAACGGAGCUAAAGAAAAACACGGACAGCAUAAUUCAGUUCACCCCACCCCCAACACCGGAGCAUUCCCCUAAGAACAGCAUAAUCCCUGAAAUAUUAUCAGUGACAAGCUAUGAUAAGAGCGUAUUGAGCGACGCAGUUGAAAGUGCCAUAAAAUAUUCAAACGUAAUCAGCCCGUUGGCUCCUUCCCGUUCGCCGUCUGUAAGCAGCGAAAGCGAAAAUGCAUCCACCGCAAAAUACAAUCCGCUGUCAAGUUCAGUGGCGGAUAUGUCCUCCAUUGGCAAGGAAGACGAUGAGGCGACUGUUGGUAACGACGCUUGCUCUUUAAGGGAGAUUUGUUUAAAAUGCCUGAUAAAAAUGCCUUUCGGCGAAGAGAUGCUGCAAGAGUUGGCUGAGGUUUCUCAGAGUAUAGAGAGUUACACCAGUAAGUUACCCAGUGAGGUUUUACCGAGAGUGGCGCCCAACUUACCAGCGUUUGUGUAUAACAAACAAAUACAAGAAUCUUUGGAUGAUAAAAAGGAUGAUACGCAACAUAAUGCUUCAGAUAAAAUAGAGGAGGAAGAUGGCAAGAUACCUACCACUUCAGCCCAUAGACUUCUAUCGAUAAUUCGGGAAGAGCCUUCCGUGCAUUUUGAGGAAUUCAACCCACGUUUUACGGAGAAAUUAAGCAAUGCACGCUCUCAGGCGAGAGAUUUAACCGAGUGGCUUGCAUUGGCGAGAAGUAAAAGCAUCUCGCACAUCGUGGACGAAAAUACACCGGUGCAUUCUCCGCUGAAACGGAGAACUUCGUUGCCACAAGAAAUAUACGAGCGCCAACUAAACUAUUUACUGGAAAAAGAACGAAACAUUCAAAGAGAACUGGAGGAGGUCGCCGAAGAAAGGAUGAAGCUGAGGCAGUUUCAAGCCGACGAUUUCCACAUAAGUUCGAGAGGUGAUUAUGCCGAAUCUAGAAGGGAAAGACCGGCUUCCAUGCCGGUUAUACCGACCGAGUUCUUCCGGCAGCAGAUGUACGAGGAGUAUAUGGAGAAGAUGGCCGCUCGCGAGGAACGAAAACAACUCAAAGUAAUCAAGUUAUCCACCUCUAAAGUAAACAUACCCGAGGACACUGAAGAUAAGCUAGGGGACGUCCAACACAUUUGUGCUAUCGAGGAGGAAUUCAUGGAGAAACUCAAGCAAAAAAACGGCGGUACUCUCAAGGAAAACAGUGUUGAACCACCUGCCACCAACAACAUUCUUGAAGAUGAAGAACCGGUUCUAAUAAUGGAUGGUCCCUCACUGUCCGGCUCGAAGAAGCUACCCAAACAUCUUAAAGAGUUCAUAGACAUAACCAAACAUCAACAAACCGAAACCAUAUGCGAGAACACAUCGGAAGGUAUUUGGUCUCCAGGUCAACGUCAAGAUUCCCACUACAAAGAAGAACGUUUUAAGAGGUACGAUGACGAAAAUGGAACAAUUCCUCCAGUGUGGACCCCAAAAAGUGCCACCACAAGUCCAAUAGUCGAAAGAAAAGAAUUUAAACCGGUCAACUUUCAGUCCCCAGUAUUGGGAAGAAAACGUAUUCAAAGUACAGAGAGUAUUGGUACUCCCGACAGUGUAAAAAGUGAAGCCCGCUGGAAAUUACCCGACACCUCCGCCACUGAGGCGAGCUUAUAUUUGUCUUCGAGUCUAGAAAAACGUCUUCCAAACAGUUCUUCCUUACCCGCCUCUGGUUUUUGCGAUUUGGGUACUCAACGUCUACCGAGGGCCCAGAAUCCAACUAUUACUCUACUACAAAAGGCAAGAGAGGGGCAACUUCCUAGAGGGGCCCAUUACAUAGAGCCUGAACCUCCGAUCUAUCAGAAAAGAUCGCAUUACGACAGGCUACAGGGAAUAAGUCCUGUGUACUCUGUUAAAAGCGAAUAUUUAAGCGACUCCGAAAACGAACGAUCUAGAAGGGGCACUCCUUCGAGUCAUAGACAACAUCAAGGAUCAGGGCACACUACCAAGGACGGCAUGCCUAUAAUAUUAAGAUCUGAGAUUAGAGAUGAGGACCAGUCAAAAUGGUACAAGAAAAUGUAUGAUACGAUACAUAAACAAAAACCCCGUAAUAGCGAAUAUGUAACAGUUAAAUAUAAACAAAAAAGAGCGCAGUACCCGUAUGCCUCAGGGUACCUAUCCGAACCCGAACCAGGCGCCUACGAUAGCGACUACGCCGACUACAAAUACGCCACCCUUGAUAGAAGACGCACCCCCUAUAAGGAGAGGGAUCACGAUUAUACUUCAGCUUCUUAUACGAUGCCGAGGAAUUUGCCCAAUAAAUCGUCCUCGUCUUCUGACAUCCUAAGAAACGGACAGGAUUUAUUGAAACCAGGGCGAAUUGAGAAUUACACCCCUGGUCAUUCCUCGAUUGCCGAAAAAGAAGCCAAAGAACAUCUUGACCAGCAGAAAAAGUACCCACCACAACAACCAAAAAGCUUCAUAAACCAGGCUCUAAAGGAAUCUGGCUACGAAAGUGACUCAACUCUUGUCUUCAGAAGAAAAGAAGAAGCCACCUCUCAACCACUUAGCCCAAAAGACCAAAAGGAAGCCUACAAAACCAUACAAAAAGGUGGAGAUGUGCCUUUCCAUGGCCUUAGAAAGAAUAUACCAGAUAGACCUAAAGAACCCGAGGCACCUCCUCCACCGGAAAAAGGACGGUACUUCGAAAGAAGUCAAAGUUUCGACGAGUCUCCCAGAAAGUAUGUGGAGAACGAGGUGACCAUUCACUACAGGACUCCUGUUCGGCAAGAGAUCAAGGAGUUCCUGAGCGAAGACGAGCUGGCGCACAAGCAGGCCGAGGCGAUGAAGAAAAUCUACCAGGAAGAACGAAGGAGGAAAUACCUUCAGGAACUCCAGGACAUGAACCGUCGCCGGCACACCGACAACUUCAUCCCCUCGCAAAAGUCCCCCAUCUCCCUGAACCGCUACGACGAUUUCGAGGAGGCGGCGCCCAGCCGCCCGCGACCGCGCUCGCCUGAGCCCCGCCUGCUGGCGCGCGCCCUCUACAACUUCGUGGGCCAGACGGCGCGCGAGCUCACGUUCCGCAAGGGCGACUUGAUCCACGUGAGGCGGCAGGUGGACAAGAACUGGUACGAGGGCGAGCUGAACGCCAUGGUGGGUUUGCUGCCUGUCAACCAUGUUGAGAUUGUGCCCCACGACGGCAUCAAAGCAACAGCCCGCAAAUCUUACGAGGGCCAGGGCCGGGCCAAGUACAACUUUGUGGCCCAAACGCAACUGGAGCUUUCUUUAGCGAAAGGCGAACUCGUCACAAUAACCCGCAAAGUCGACCAGAACUGGUACGAAGGCAAAAUCGGGGGCCGAAAGGGCAUCUUCCCAGUGGCCUACAUAGAGGUUUUGAUCGACCCCCAGGACCCCCCCACCCCCAGCUCCAAACCAGUAGCGUCCCCAGCAGCCCAUUCCAUGUUAUUAAAUGGAUCAGCAGGUGGCAAAGAGAGCAUGGGUACGCAUUCGUACACCCCGAUUUUGAGCUCGACGCCAACUUCUAGUGGCAACACUUACCAGGCCAAGCCGAUUCAUAUCACCGGAAACGGGACGUACGGGUCUUUGAAUAGGUAUAUGAAAAGUCCGGUGAACCAGGCGCUGCACAUAGAGACGCAAUCUGAGACUAUACCAUAUCGUGCAUUAUACAAAUACAACCCCCAAAAUGAUGACGAGUUGGAACUGCUAGAGGGCGACACUGUAUACGUAUUAGAAAAAUGUGACGAUGGUUGGUUUGUAGGAUCAAGUGACAGGACAGGGGCGUUUGGGACGUUUCCAGGAAAUUAUGUUGAAAAAAUAUAGCGAUGAAAAUGUAUUAUUUAAUAAUUUUCCGGUUUAUCCCAAAUUAAAACUGCCAUCGGAUUUCAAAAUUGAUACUAACACCUUUAAAAUUAACCCAGCAAAAUUCUACACUGAGCAACAAAAUUCGUUGAACGGUUUUUAUUAUUAACAAAUACAACUUUGCUAACAAAAUGUCAUUGCCAUAAUGUCGUUUCGAAAAUUAUGUUUCUCUCUAAUAUUAAGCUUUGUAGAUUACUGUAAAAAAAUAGUUUAUACAAAAAAUACAUAAGCAUCUAGUCACUAGCCAAAUAAUGUUAGUUUUUAGUUUAUAAAACAUACACCAAAAAUGUCCAUAUAUAAAAUACGUUAAGAUAUUUAAUAAAUAAAAAAUAUAUACUCGAUUUAGAUUAUAGUUACAUAAUUAUUAAAAUGAUCUUCCAGUAAAAAUUAAUAUAAUAAUUAUUAACAUAUCUUUUGUAGUACCUACAUUUAUAUAUUCACAUGUUCACUUCUCUAGAAAUUAAUCGUUUAAAUUAUGAAAGCAUUUGUUAAUAUAUACGGGGUGUUUGGUAUGUCCAUGCAAAUAUUUUAUGACAUAAUAUGUCGUUUUUUGAAAAUGUUGGUACUUGUAUUAGAAUAUUAAACACCCUGUGCCUAUUUUAGAUAUAAUAAACUAAAAAGUUGAAAUUUUAUGACGUGUUUGUGCGUUUAACCCCUUUAUAUAAAUAAGACUUAACAUAGGAGUGCCUUUACAAUACAAUACCUAUUAAUAUGAUUAUGUAUUCUUAUUACUUAUUAUUAUUAUUGUUGUUAUUUUUACAGCGUUCAUAGUUUAUUUAUAUUUACACUCUGGUAUAUAAAAAAGUGAUUAUGCUUUCAUAUUGUCACUUACCUAUGUUUAUUUAUAACAAUUGUUUUACAUUAAAAAUAUAACGUUAA